AUGGCAACUCCAAUCCCUGGAGAACGGUUCAUUAGAACAUUAAGAAAUUAUUUGGAAGUUAAUGAACGUCGAUUAUUAUCUUCAGCAGUACAAUCUAACUUUAUUCCAACUACUCAAUCGCCUAUAAUUAAAGAAGAAGAAGGAGAAGAAGAAGAAGAAGAAUCAAAUGGAUUCAUGAAAACUGUUUCUAGUUUAUGGAGCGAUAAUAGUACUUCUUCUUCAACAACAGCGCGUUCAACAGGAACUAAUUCAUUAUAUGGUAUUUCCAUCCCAUACAUGUCAUCUUUGAUCACCACUAAUCCAACUCUUUCUACAUCUAAUAAAAUUAUUUCCAGUACUCCAUUUAUGCCAGUUAGAUCAACUUUAACUUUAGAUAUUCAUUACUUGUAUUUUUUGUUAGUUCAGUUUGAAUAUUUGGGAUUAGAGGAAACUCGUUUACCUGUACCUGAACCGUAUGGGCUUGUUGAGACAGAAGCGACAACAACAGGAAAGGCACCGUCGAUCAAGACAGUAGGUUCAAUCAUGUCAACUCUUUCGCUUUCUACAGGCUGGCAAUUUUGGUCACAACAUAAUAAAUCAGAGGAAGGACGGAUACAGGAAGAUAUUGUCUAUAUUCAUCGUUAUUUUUCCAAAAUCACUGCUCUUAAAUUGCAAAUGAAUCUUUCAACAGAUACCGAAAGGGGCGUGACAAGAAGCGGCCAGCGAACGAUUCGUGGCUAUGAAAAUCCUUUACCCCAAGAUGGCUCAAUUGCACUGAGUCUUAAAUGUUUCAAAAAUUUAAAAUACCUCGAGAUACAACAUAUCCACCCUCGUUGUAUUGCUGAUUGGUCUGAUUUACAGUCAUCCUUAAUAAGUUUAAUUGUUAAAUCAAGUCAACUCGAUAAUGCCACAGAUAUUAUCAACUGCAACACUACUCCUUGGUCUGAAUUAAAGAUGCUAUCAUUAGCUGAUAAUAGUUUAACAACAUUAGAGAACGAAUCUGCUCAAUUAUUGCGUAACGUAAAUCAUCUCAAUUUAUCGAGUAACCUCUUGAUUGAUAUCCCAGCUGCUUUAGCAUCACUCUAUAACCUGUCGUGUUUAAAUUUAUCGUAUAAUAUGAUUUCAUUCACCACAGCUGUUAAUACUGUAUUAGGAAAUAUUCAAGAGUUAGAUUUAAGGGGUAAUCGUUUAACAGUAUUAGCAGGAUUAGACCGUUUAUGGGCUUUAGAGAGAUUAGAUGUACGUGACAACCGAAUUGAAGAUGCUGCUGAAAUUGGAAGAUUGACUUCAUUACCUAACAUAAAUAUGAUAUGGGUAGAGGGUAACCCAUUUACCAAAUCACAGUCUGAUUACAGAGUAGAGAUUUUUACAUUAUUUAAAAAGAAUGAUCUUGAUAUUCAAUUAGAUGGUAGUGCACCUACCUUUGUUGAACGUCGUCGAAUUCAAGUAACAAAUAAAGACAGAUCCGUCAAUACACCUACCAUCUCUGCAACUAUUGCAACCGAAGCCAUAUCAUCUAAAGAUAAAGAUAAUACAGUGAUAACAAGUCCAAAACAUAAUGAAAAAGCUAAAAUAGUUCGAGCAAAAGCUAAAAAUAAUAAACGACAGAUUCGAUUAGGGAAAUUAAAAGAAGAAAAAGAAAGCAUGAUACCAAUUCCAACAUCCAUAAUAGAAGAAAAUAAUAAUAAAAAGCAUGUACAUCGAUUAACAGAGUUAGAAGAAUCUGUUCAGCAAGAGGCAGCAAAUUCACGUCGAGCUCAAUCUGUUCGAUCACAUAAAUACAGUAAAAAGAAACCAGAAAUAAUUACAAAAGUGAGUGAUGACUCUGAGUCCUCAAAGAGAUCUUCAGAAUUAUUUAGAGAUAAAAUUGAAGCAAUGCGAAGAGAAGCCGGUACAGAAUGGCUUAGAUGUAUUGAAAAGAUAUUAUUCAGGAUGCAAACAUUUGCACAAAAGUUGACUUAUGAUGUGGCGUUGUGGAUAUUCAAUAUCAUGAUUGACAUCUUUUUUCGAGAAGUAAAAACCAGGGGCUCAUAUAAGAUCCCUAAAGAAGGACCAGUUAUCUUUGUUGCUGCUCCACAUGCGAAUCAAUUUGUUGAUCCUAUUAUUCUUAUGCGAGAAUGUAAGAGAAGAGUUUCCUUUUUAAUUGCAGAAAAAUCAAUGCAUCAAAAAACGAUAAGCUUCUUUGCAAGAAUGAUUAGUGCCAUUCCCGUUAUUCGUCCACAAGAUAGAGCAAAGCCUGGAGAAGGCUAUAUUCAAUUAUUAAAUCGUAAAACUGAUCCAUUACGUAUUACAGGUAUUCAUACUCAAUUUACUGUUCAAUUGAAACCACGCGAUUCGAUUCUAUUACCAAAGGGAGCUGGUAAUGCUGAAGUCGUACAGGUCAUUUCGGAUACAGAGAUUAUCAUUAAAAAGGAAUUCAAGGAUCUUAAAGCAUUAGAGUUAUUGACUCAGACUGAGGGAACAUGUUAUAAAUAUAUGCCACAUAUCGAUCAAAGUACAGUUUAUCAAAGUGUUCAUGAUGAAUUAAACAAUGGAAGAUGUAUUACAAUCUUCCCUGAAGGUGGAAGUCAUGAUAGAGCUGAAAUGUUACCAUUAAAAGCUGGUGUUACAUUAAUGGCUUUAGGUGCAAUGGCUAAAUAUGAAGGCUUAGAUGUUAAGAUUGUUCCUUGCGGCUUAAAUUAUUUUCAUGCUCAUCGUUUUAGAUCUCGUGCAGUAAUUGAAUUUGGUAAACCUAUCACAAUAUCAUCUGAAUUAGUGAAAAAAUUUAAGCAAGGAGGAGAUCUAAAGAGAGAAGCAUGUUCAAGUCUAUUAGAUAGUAUUUACAAUGCGUUAAAGACUGUAACUAUUAAUGCUGGAAGUUAUGAAACACUUAUGUUAAUUCAAGCAGCAAGAAGACUUUAUAAACCAGCACAUAAAAAAUUACAUCUUUCUCAAGUGGUUGAUUUGAACAGAAGGUUUUUAAUUGGCUAUAAUUUAUUUAAAGAUGACCCUAAAGUAAUUGAGCUACAACAGAAGGUAAUGGCUUAUAAUCAAUUGCUUAAAUAUCACGGCAUCCAAGAUCAUCAAGUUUCAAAGACAAAUAAGGAAAAUAAUGGAAGACUUUUAUGGUUACUCAUUAAACGUAUUUUUAUACUGAUUAUUUUAACUUUGUGGGUAUUCCCAGGCACUAUCUUGAAUUUACCUGUUGUCAUUGUAGCAAGAGUAAUUAGUCAAAAUAAGGCACAAGCUGCACUUAAAAGCUCUACAAUAAAAAUCGCUGGUCGUGAUGUUUUGGCAACUUGGAAAUUAUUAGUCGGAUUAGUAUUAUUACCUACUUUAUAUGCUUUCUAUAGUUUGAUCAUAUUCAUUAUUGUAUUACAAACAGAAUUAGAAUUCAAAUGGAAACUUAUCUUACCUAUUGCUACUUGGAACCUUUUACCUUUCAUCUCCUAUGCAAGCUUAAGAUUUGGUGAAAUUGGUCAUGAUAUAUUAAAGUCAAUUCAACCUACUGUAAUGGCUUUAUUAGAUCCAAAAGGAGCCGAGACACUUCGCCAAAUUCGAGAAAAACUAUCAAGUGAUAUUACUGAACUUAUUAAUGAAUAUGGUCCCAAAGUAUUUUCUGAUUUUGAUGCUAAUUAUAUCUCAAAAACAACUGAACCUUCUAUUAGUCGAACAUCGAGCGCCACUAGUUUGUUAUGGGCUUCAGCACCAAGUAAACUCCCUAAAAUUGCAAGCGGUUUCUUCCAACAAGUGAAACGUAUGAAUUGGUUAGAUGAUAAAACUAUCUUUAAUUGGAGUCGAGCUGAAGAUUAUGCUUCAGAUAUAGCAGAUGAUGUACUUUACUUUUUGGAUAAAUUUAGUGGUCGUAGUAGGAGUGGAUCUGUAAGCGAAUCUGAUUCUCGACCCAUAAGUCGUAAUCGAAGUCGUGUUAAUAGUUUCAGCAGUAGUGAUGGAGAAUUCAUUAAGGUAGAAGCAAUGACAAGUUUACCAACUCAUCAUUCUACUAGUUCUAAUAUGCUUUAUCAUAAUACAUCUGAUACUAAUACGAGUAAAACGAUGUUAACCUCCAGAGUUAUUUUUCGUAUUGAUGAUGUUGAUGAAGAAGAAGAGGAACGCGAACUUGAUGAUUUAGCUGUAACUGAAGGACGGCAACAACAACGUGAAACCAAAAAGGAUAUAUAG